UUUUUUUCGUUAUUUUUAUUAAUUUAUUUAGGUUUUGUAUAGAAUUUAUAAUGGACAAGAUCUCACGUAAGCAGCGACAGAUUGAAAGAAAAGUUGAAAAUUUAAAACGCUUCGGAGCUGAAGAGGAAAAAUACAAGUCCUCUCCCCAUAUUCGCCCCGUUACUAAAACAACGUUAAAAACAUCCACAAAUGGUAUCAGUAGCAGUGAGAACAGUAUCAGUUCAAGUAGUAAAACGAGCAGUAAAACUGAUGAAGGUUUAAUAAAGACUGAGAACGGAAGCAGUGCAAGUAGCAAACCUGAGGAGAGCUUGAAAAAGUCUGAAGAGGAAAAAGCAUCAGAAACUACCAAACCAAAAACAAAAAUAAUUAAAAAGAAAAUUGUUAAAAAACCGGCAACAACAGCUUCUAAUGGAACAACCCCAACUAAUAAAAUUCAAGAAAAAAGUGAACUGACUAAAUCAACCACCUCAAAUCCAAAACAAAAUGAUAAUAAUGAUAAUAAAGUUGAAAGUGUUCCUCGUACUUAUCAGAUAGUGAUUACUUUGAGUGAUUAUUUGGCAGAUGAGGAAGAGGGGGAUGAAGACGAACCUUUUGGGUUGGAUGAGGGACAGUGUGUUGAGGUGCUGGAUAAUGCCAAUCCAGAUGCUUGGCUGGUUAGAACAAAGACCAAGCCUCCUUCUAUCGGAUUUGUUCCUGGCUCUUAUUUUACAUCCCCUACCAAAUAUUAUGCAUUACAACGAGAAGGGUGUAGCGUAGCUAAAUUGUUGAAGACCGAGGAAGAAUUUAUUGAAGAAUUAAAAUUGGCUUUGGAUUAUUAUGGUAAAGGGUUGGAAGAUAAUGAAGGAGGUGAAGCACCAGAGGCUCCUCAAGCAGUAAAGGAGAGGAGUAAAGAAUUACUGGCAUCAAACUUGGAGUCUCUACAUGAUUUUCAUUCAAGCAAACUCCUCAACUCAAUUAAAGAAUCUUCUGAUGAUCCAGCCAUUUUUGCCAAAAAUUUCAAUUCCUUAUCUAAAAAUUUUGAAGAAAUCCAUCUAAAUUUCAUGAGGGAAUUGGAUAAUGCUCUAAGAUUAUGCCAACAUGUUGAUAAUAUUAAUAAAUUUUUGGAGGACAUCCGAUCUAAGCAAACCAAUUUAAAACCAUAUGCCGAUUAUUUACUGUUAAUCCCUACCAGGAUGAGAUAUUAUGAAGAUUUCUUUAAGGAAUUAAUUAAUAAAAAUCAAAAUUGUACUGACGAAAUGAAGUCAUUCUUAAAUUUUAUUCAAUUAUUGGAACAACGAGCUAAGGAGCCCGAUUUUACCAAAAAUAUAGUUGGGUAUUCGGGCGAUAUUGGACGUGUUUAUAGAAACGAAUUAUUCCAAGUUUGGGAGGAUGGUGAAAAUAAUAAGGAUUGUGGCGAUAAACAUGUAUUCUUACUUAAUAAUACAAUGCUAAUUACGGAUAAGGAAGAAACUAAUGGAGAGAUAUUGUUUAAGCAUUAUGCUACUAUUAAUUUGAACGAGUACAGUGCCGUCAGACAGCACUCAACAGAAGCUUCAACUCUUGUUGUAGCACCAAACGAUUCAAACAAAAAUUUGCCUACUUAUUUGCUUCGAAUUCGUCGAGAUAAUGCUGAGGAAUCAGAGAUUGUACGUCGUGUUUGGAUCAACGAUAUUUGCUCAAUGCAGAGGGCUUUUGGUGGGUAG